AUGUUAGCCUCGAGGGAAGACUUCUUUUCGCCGUCCCCAAAAGCAAGUGCCCCUCAUGACUCACCGCUAUUCCGCAAUAUGCCAUCACCUCCAGAGGGUCGACUUCAGCAAGCCACUUUAGACCUCCUGGCAGGGUGCGACAUUCAGUUUCGUCGUGAGACCCGUCUGGAUAUUGCUCUGGUCAAGAACCUUCCCAUUGCCCUAAUCUUCCUCCCCGCCGCAGACAUUCCGACGUUCGUUGGCGAGGGUCGCGUUGAUCUGGGGAUCACCGGCCGCGACCAGGUCGCCGAACAUGACGCACAGCUGCCCUCGGAUGAAGUAUCCGUCGUGGAGGAGGUACUGGAUCUAGGAUUCGGGGGUUGUAAGCUGCAGGUGCAGGUACCCGAGAAGGGCAAUAUCACGGAGGCAAAGCAAUUGGUUGGUCGAAAUGUUGUCACCAGCUUCACGGCUCUGGCAGAGGCCUUCUUCGCCGGCCUUGAGAGCGAGGGUGAUGUCAACAAGCUAGCACGUCCUGGCGGUGGAUAUAACCUACGCACUAAAAUUAAGUAUGUCGGUGGUAGUGUUGAGGCUGCUUGCGCUUUGGGUGUAGCUGAUGGCAUUGUCGACCUUGUCGAAUCCGGUGAAACCAUGAAGGCUGCUGGCCUUAAAGCCAUCGAUACAGUGGUUGAGAGUACCUCUGUUCUGGUCAAGUCCAAGAAUACGCAGAAUCCUCUUGUGGAACUCAUCGCUUCCCGCAUUCGUGGUGUCAUUACAGCGCAGAAGUACGUUCUCUGCCAUUACAACAUUCCUCGCUCCGAACUGUCGACUGCUUCUGCCGUUACCCCCGGAAAGCGCGCUCCUACGGUUACACCCCUCGAAGACGAGAACUGGGUGGCGGUCAGCUCAAUGGUCGAGAAGAAAAAGAUCGCCACAGUGAUGGACGAUUUGACCAAGGUGGGCGCGACAGAUAUUUUAGUUUUGACCAUUGACAACUCUAGAACGGAUUGA